AUGGAGGUGCACACCCACCCACCAGCCGACCCAAGAGCUGCGCGCGCACUCCCCACUGUUCCUGGCACCGAUGGGCAGCGGCGCGUCUCGGUCGGCAACGUAGACGGCGCAGCUAGGCGAUUCGGACCUCGCGCUCUCCCGUCCCCACCAGGCAAGUCGCCUCCGCCCACGUUCCAAUCGCCCCCAUCAAUCGCUCAGGCGUCUCCUCCUCCAGCAACACUCUCGUCUCCUCUGCCAGCAACGCUGUCGUCUCCCCCGCCUGCAGCGGUGUCACCAGUCGCCUUGCCCCCUGGCCCAGCAGCUUUCACCACACCCCCACCCGGCCAAUACGCGCCGAGCCCGUAUGCCCCACCACAACAUGUUGUCCAGCCGUCUCCCCCGGCUCCAGCCCCGACACACGACCCGUCAUACGCACCUGGAGCGCGUCGCUCAGAUCUCAAGGAGCGCAUCGCCAGCGCUAUUGGCAAUGUCCAGCAGGCAAGCUCGACACUCCCGGGUUCGCCCCCUCCGACGACAUACUACCCGUCACUGAGCCCUCCUCAAUCCCCGCCUGCCCAUGGUGUCGACGGCCUCGCGUUCUCUGGCUUGAGUAUCGGCGGCCCGACGGAUGGGCUUGCUCCUCCCAAUGCCCCGUUCGCGCACCAGCGCGUCCCGUCUCCGCUGCCGGACGUCCAAACAAUGUACCACAGCAACAUCCCUCACCCACCCCCGGCGAUUUGGAACGUGUCGACCGCGCCGCUUGUCGCGCCACAGGCGACAGCGCCGCCUUCACGAUUCGACGAUGUUCUGACCCCUCCGCCAGCUCAGCCUUCAGAGCCGGCGCCACCUGUCCAGACCUAUGCUCCGACGCAGACACAGCCUGGAGCGUACUCGUCGCACCACCAGGCGGUGGACGUAUACGGUGCGGCCGCCGCUGCCAGAUCGUACUUUCCGCAAGCUACCCAGCCGGGAGUACCGCAGCAACAGCAGCAGCAGCAGCAGUACUCUGCCAUGGUUGCAUCGCACCUGCCCACACCGCCGGACUCCGCUGGCAUGCCGCCACAGCAGGGUGCAGCGCCGGUCAACCUCCCGACGUCGCCAGCUGCGUAUCCCGCAGCUCCCCCUCCGACCUCAGUGUCGGAAGUGCCCCCGCAGGCGAGCGUAUUUGCCUACCAGGCAACACCUGUCGCCCAGCAGCCAGCAGGAGCGGUCCAGCAGCCGGGAGCUACAGCCCCCGUCGCUGCAGCACCGGCAGGAUACGCUCCUGCUACAGCAAUCCCAGGCCAACCCUCGUUCCUCGCACCACCGGCGGCACCGGCACCAGCUGGCGCUGCUCCAGCAGCACCCGGCGUGGCAUCUGGGCACUACAACGCCAACCUGCCGCACAACCGCUCGCUCCCAGUUAUUCCUCGCGUCGACCCUCAACUCGCGAUUCUGCCACAUUGCAUUGUGAACGACAGUAUGACGCUGGCGCUCAAAGACAACAUCUUCUUCAAAGUCGCCGACCCCACCGCUCGAGACGUCAAUGGCAACGUAGUGUUCAAGUUUUCCAACAAGAAGGCGGCGUCAAAGGUCAUGAUCAUGCACGACAUCAACGACAAUGUGCUCUACAUGUUUGACCAGGCGACGUCGAGGGGGCUGAACAAGGCUGUCAUUAGGAGUGGGCAGGGUCAGGACUUGAUCCGCAUCGACACAAUGUACUCUGCGAUGUCAAAGUUUAGGAUCAGCUUCACCAACACCGUGACGGGGCAACCGGCGUCGCUCAGCGUUCAGGGCAAGCUCUGGGUCGGGCUGCAGUGCCAGCUCGUCUUGGACAACGGCCAGGUCGUGGCACACAUCAUCCGCGACAAGACCAAGGCCCUUCUACUUUCCGCAGAGAAGGCUACUUACACCUUGACGGUCGCUCCCGGCGUCGACCUCGCGCUCAUCACCAUUGUCGUCGCCGCGCUCAACCAGAUCGACGAGAGUCGUGCAAUGAACUUUGUCAACGUUGCGGCACAGCAUCUCCCAAUCGGUGAUUGA